AUGGAAGCAUCACCCCGAACUGGUUCUUCGGUACAAAAAAUGCCAGGUUCUUGCUUCUCUGUUGCUGCUACAGCAUCUACUUCUUCACUGUAUCUCUUCACUCAAAAGCCUAAAUUCUCAGUAGAUCAUCUUUCCUUAAGUACUUAUAAUACUCACUUCAACUUCAAGAUAAACUCAACAAAACUCAAAGCCCAUUUCCCUAUUUCUUCUCUUUAUCGCUCUUCAAUCUUUUUGAGCACUUGUGCUUCUGUGUCUGAUGGAGUUGAGGUUGUCCAAGAUGAUGACGAAGAAGAAGUUGCAUUGUCAACCGAAGAAGAAGAGGAAAUUGAAGAAAAAGAAGAAGGUGUUGAGUUAGAAUCAGUUGAAGGUGGUAGAUUGUACGUGGGUAAAAUGAGGAACAAGAAGUGCGGGUAA